GGUGGAGCAGCCGCUGCGUCUCAGGUCUCUUUUCCCGAGCCAGGAUCUUGUGCUGAAAGCCAUUUCCAAAGUGCCUUGGGACAGCCUACCCCUCUGACCUACACAGCCUGGAAAAGAGCCACUGUUAGCCUGUAGAGGGGUGGCCUGAACCAGCUCAGUAGCUCCUUUGAUUCUGGGAUCUGCACUGAACUUGAUCUCCAUGGCACACCGGCUGCAGAUGCGUCUGCUGACGUGGGAUGUAAAGGAUACUCUGAUCAAGCUCCGCCGACCCGUCGGGGAGGAAUAUGCCAGCAAGGCCCGGGCCCAUGGAGUGGUGGUGGAAGACAUAACCGUGGAACAAGCCUUCAGGCAGGCAUACCGGGCUCAGAGCCACAACUUCCCCAACUAUGGCCUGAGCCGUGGCCUUACUUCCCGUCAAUGGUGGAAGGACGUGGUCCUACACACCUUCCGCCUAGCAGGGGUCCCAGAUGCCCAGGCCAUGACUCCAGUUGCUGACCAGCUAUACGAAGACUUCAGCAGCCCUUUCACCUGGCAGGUGUUGGAGGGGGCUGAGAUGACCCUGAAGGGGUGCCGUAAGCGGGGUCUGAAGCUGGCAGUGGUCUCCAACUUUGACCGACGACUAGAGGAUAUCCUAACAGGCCUUGGCCUGCGAGAACAUUUUGAUUUUGUUUUGACUUCUGAGGCUGUGGGCUGUCCUAAACCCGACCCACGGAUUUUCCGUGAGGCUCUGCAGCGCGCUUGUGUAGAACCUGCAGUGGCGGCCCACGUGGGGGAUAGUUACCUCUGUGAUUACCAGGGGUCUCAGGCUGUGGGCAUGCACAGCUUCCUGGUAGCGGGCUCAGAGCCUCUGGACUCUGCAGUCAGAGAUUCUGUACCUAAGGAACAUAUUCUACCCUCCCUCUCCCAUCUCCUGCCUGCCCUUGACCUUCUGGAGGCCUCAAGCCCUAUGUCAUGAGUCUGGUGAGGGAAGUAGCUGGGACCAAAUAAACACUGGAGGCAGGGAGUCCCUUCUCUCUCACCUCUCCUGCAGAGGGAGGUGUCUCGGCUCUCCUGCUGCAGCCUCCAUAAUUUAAUCUGAGCAUA